GACCCCGGAAGCGCCGGUGCCGCCGGUUCCACUCGCCGCGGCCCGUCCAGCUCCCGCCAUGGGGGUCCCGGCCUUCUUCCGCUGGCUCAGCCGCAAGUACCCCUCCAUCAUCGUCAACUGCGUCGAGGAGAAGGCCAAAGAGUGCAAUGGUGUCAAGGUGCCCAUUGACACAAGCAAACCCAACCCCAACGAGGUGGAGUUCGACAACCUCUACCUGGACAUGAACGGCAUCAUUCACCCCUGCACGCACCCAGAGGACAAGCCAGCGCCCAAAAAUGAAGAUGAAAUGAUGGUGGCGAUUUUUGAGUAUAUCGACAGGAUCUUCAACAUUGUGAGACCAAGGAGACUUCUUUACAUGGCCAUAGAUGGAGUGGCUCCACGUGCCAAAAUGAAUCAACAGCGGUCCAGGAGAUUCAGAGCCUCAAAGGAGGGAAUGGAAGCUGCUGAGGAGAAGCAAAAAAUACGACAAGAAAUUCUGGCCAAAGGUGGCUUUCUGCCUCCAGAGGAGGUGAAGGAGAGGUUUGACAGCAACUGUAUCACCCCGGGAACUGAGUUUAUGGACAAUCUUGCUAAAUGCCUCCGCUAUUACAUCGCUGACCGCUUGAACAGCGACCCAGGCUGGAAGAACCUGACAGUUAUUUUGUCAGAUGCCAGUGCUCCUGGUGAAGGGGAGCAUAAAAUCAUGGAUUACAUUAGGAGACAAAGAGCUCAACCAAACCAUGACCCAAACACUCACCACUGUCUGUGUGGGGCUGAUGCUGAUCUGAUCAUGCUUGGCUUAGCAACACAUGAACCAAACUUCACCAUCAUUAGGGAAGAGUUCAAACCAAACAAACCCAAGCCAUGUGCUCUCUGUAACCAGAUGGGGCAUGAGGUUAAGGAUUGCCAAGGUCUGCCCAGAGAGAAACAAGGAAAGCACGAUCAGUUUGCUGACACCCUGCCGAUCUCGGAGCAAGAGUUCAUCUUCAUCCGACUGUGUGUCCUGCGAGAGUACUUGGAGAGAGAACUCACCAUGGCCAGCUUGCCUUUCACUUUUGAUUUUGAGAGGAGUGUUGAUGACUGGGUCUUCAUGUGCUUCUUUGUGGGGAAUGACUUCCUUCCUCAUCUGCCAUCUCUGGAGAUCAGGGAGGGAGCAAUCGAUCGCUUGGUUAACAUCUAUAAAAACGUGGUGCACAAAACUGGGGGCUACCUGACUGAAAGUGGGUUUGUGAACCUGCAGCGGGUCCAGAUGAUCAUGCUGGCUGUUGGGGAAGUUGAAGACAGUAUUUUCAAAAAGAGGAAGGAUGACGAUGAUAACUUUAAAAGACGGCAAAAAGAAAAAAGGAAGAGAUUGAAGAGGGAUCAGCCUUCCUUUAUUCCUGGUGGCCAGUUUUCCCCUCAAGCCCUGGGAAAUCGAUCCAGCCCUCAGGCAAUCUGUAACCCUCGACAAGCUGCCUUUGAGAUGAGGAUGCACGACAGACAGAACUCUACAACUUCAGCAUCUCCAAACACCUGCAUGACUCCUGAUGGCAGCCCGUCCCUGGGAGGAGGAAUUAAGCGGAAAGCUGAGGACAGUGACAGUGAACCGGAGCCAGAGGAUAAUAUCAGGUUGUGGGAAACUGGUUGGAAGCAGCGCUACUAUAAAAACAAAUUUGAUGUGGAUGCCUCAGAUGAGAAAUUCCGUCGCAAGGUUGUGCAGUCCUACGUGGAAGGGCUUUGCUGGGUCCUCAGAUAUUAUUAUCAGGGCUGUGCAUCCUGGAACUGGUAUUACCCUUUCCACUACGCUCCCUUUGCCUCGGACUUCGAGGGCAUUGCAGACAUGCCUUCGGACUUUGAGAAGGGCUCCAAACCGUUCAAGCCUCUUGAACAGCUGAUGGGGGUGUUCCCGGCUGCCAGUGGAAACUUCCUGCCGCCAACGUGGAGGAAACUCAUGACAGACCCGGAAUCAAGCAUCAUUGACUUCUACCCCGAAGAUUUUGCGAUUGAUUUGAAUGGGAAGAAGUAUGCUUGGCAAGGUGUGGCAUUGUUGCCCUUUGUGGAUGAGCGACGCCUCAGAGCUGCCCUGGAGGAAGUGUACCCUGACCUCACUCCUGAAGAGAGCAGGAGGAACAGCCUUGGUGGUGAUGUUCUCUUUGUGGGCAAGCACCAUCCACUCUGUGACUUCAUUGUGGAGCAGUACAAGACCAAGAACGCAGAGGCAGUGGACAUCCCGCCAGAGCUGUGCCAUGGCAUCCAGGGAAAGCUCACCCUGAAUGACAACGCUGUUCUUCCAGAUCAGGUGGUGCAGUCUCCUGUUCCCAUGCUGCGGGAUCUGACACAGAACUCGGCAGUCAGCAUCUCAUUCAAAGAUCCACAAUUUGCUGAAGACUUCGUUUUCAAGGCUACAGUGUUACCUGGGGCAAAGAAACCUGCUCCAGUUCUGAAGCCAGGAGACUGGGAAAAAAACAACAAUGAUGGCAGGCCUUGGAGACCACAGCUUGGCUUUAACAGGGAUAGGAAACCAGUGCAUUUGGACCAGUCAGCAUUCAGAACCUUGGGGCACACGAUGCCGAGGGACAGGGGCAUGCCAGGGAUGUACCCCAAUGCCGUGCCGCUCGGAGCCUACGGCAGCCCCUACGCCAGGCCCCUCAUGGGCAGCCAGCAGCAGAUCCCCAAACUGCUGUCAAAUCUUCGACCGCAGGAGUCCUGGCGAGGUCCCACACCCUUGUUCCAGCAGACACCACAAAGAACCGCCGGAGCUGCUCCUCUCCUCGCCUGGAACCGCAUGCUGCAAUCUCCAAACCAGUUCCAGCCAGCCCAGUACCAGGGCCUGGGGCCAAUGGGAUACCCACAGAGACCCGAGGACCGCAUGGACAGGGGUAGACAGCGUACAGAACCCAUGGUCUGAAGAGGUUAAUAAACGCGCUGCCACCGAGUGCUUACAAAAUUAAUGCAGCUGCCAUGGAUCUGGGGGGCUCCCUGGGAGUGGGGCUUUGCUGCCUUCCAGCUCUCCCAGAGAACCAAAGAAUGAACUUGCUGGAGUGCUGCAGGUGUUGGGCAGUUUUAUUCCAGCCUGGAGCAGCACACAACAGAGCGUCCGCAUCCACGGCUGGUGCAGUGCUCCCGGACCUCUGCUUUGUCCUUCCCGGCUGAUGGUUUGGAAGGGUUUUUUAAAGAAUGUAGCCAACUUGUUUCCUAUUUUAAUUUUGUUCAUCAUGCCGGGAAACAAAUCUUCCCUGUAAGGGCAGGCUGCAGGAGCCUCCCUGGCAGGUCUGCUCCCUGGCUCCAUGGUUUCCGUGGUUAUCCCUGCCGUCGUGGGCUGGAAUAAAGAGGGAUUUCUCUUUUAAAGAAAGGAAAGGAAGCCCCUUUUCUCCUCCACACGAAAAAUCCCCGAGUAAAGAGCAGACCAAGCCUGUAGCUGGUGUUGGUGCAUCACCUUUGAUUAACUUGCUGGUCUCUGCAAUGUACCAGGUUUGCAAAUCAUUUUAAAUGCUUCAGGGGGGCUCUGUGAAAUUUUCCAAUGGAUUUUUCCCCUGGAUACUUGGUGUACCAAAUGCCUGAAUUUAAGUACAAAUAUACAUCUAAUUUGGAGUAAUUUCCAAAGUGCGAUUUGGAUCUCUUUGACCUCUUAUUAAAGUGAACGAGUGCUGGAAAAUGCCACUUCUGCAACAGAUGCAGCUUUAGUUUUUCCUUAAAAUAAUUUUGUUUAAAAAUUAUGAGUGCGAGCUGCCCCUCAUAUUGCUGUCUGUCUCUGACUCCAGCAUUUGUCCUUUUCCUGCAGAGCACAGCAGAGGUGUCACAGGUGGGAAGUCCCUUGCCCAUGGUGCUGGCUGGGCGUGGAUUUACUUUGGAUUCCAAAGUUGGUGCUGCAUAGCUCCGCUCUGCACCAAGGGAUCCAGCCCGAGGCCGUGUUUUUGGGAGACUCCACAGCCAGAUGAGGAAUGCUCAGCCCUGCUCCUGGCAUCUCUCUGUGCAAAGGAUGUUUUGUCCCCAUUCUGUGCGGCGCCUAGAGUUUGCCCCACUUGUUUACUCGUGCUGCUAAUCCCAAAAAUAAAUGGUUGCUUUUGUUUGUUUGUUUGCAGGCGUACGGCCCCGGGAGGCCCUACCCGCUCCCACCUCCUGCAGGAAGGUACAGCUGGAAUUAGCUCCUGCAUCCCGUUUUUUUUUUUAAAUAUGGAAAACGUCCGGGUUUUUUGCUUUUGUUCUUUUUAUUAUUUGUGGGGUGAGGGGGAAAAAAAAAAAAUCAAGCACCAUCUUUGUAGUUUUUAAACUGAUGCCUGUUUUAAAUGUGCACAUUUCUUACGGACCUGAUGAUGAUUUUUUUGGGAGGGACUGGAAAGAGCGGAUUGCCGUCGGACGCGGUGGGAGUGCUGUGUUGUCCUCCUUACGUAUCCAAGCUAUGCCGAGCACUGCCUGCCACUCUGAACUCCGAACAUCCGAACACAAGAGCCUGAAAACAGACCCGGAGAUGCAAAGAAUGCCCAGAAGUGGGGUUUUAUGAACUCCCGGAGCAGACCCAGCAAGCAGCCGGCAGCACUGAAAGGCACAGCCCUCACUGCUCCUUGGCAGAUGCUUCCUUCGGUUUCUCACAGAGAAGUUUUUCGGACUCUGAAGUAAAACAUUUCAACUUACACGCCGUCUGCCUGUUUCUGGUGUGGGUUUUGUCAUGGCACGACCAGGCAGGAGCCGUGGGUUUGUCUGUUUGAUACCUAAUUUAAAAUAGCUGUGACGGGCAGAGAUUCCAUUUGUUUUUAGCACUCUUUCUAGGGAUUUUCUGUGUGAGUGUACCAAAUCAGUAAAUAUUUUUAUUUGCUUUAUAAAGUGGCUUUUGAAAUUCA